AUGGAGAAUGGUGCGCUGAUCGAGCGUCCUCCUGUCAAGCAGCGAAUGCAGUGCCCAGCGCUGGCGAUCGCGGUCGGACUUGUGCUCUCCGUGGUCGUCGCAGCGUGCGGCGUGGCAUACAACCACCAGACUCCGAAGACCCUCCCGGCCGAGACGGGGCCGAACUCAGUGGUUAUGCUCGCCACGCAGGCAUCACCCCUCUCACUGGGACUUGGUACAGCUUGCAGGAAGGGGACUCAUCACGACCAGACCAUUGUGCCAAAGCAUGUCAAGAUCAUCAAAAGCUCCAGAUCGGGCUGUUUAUCAAAGUGCACCAGCAUGGGCAGUGCCUGCCAUGCCUGCGAAUUUCGCGAAUCAGAGCAGCGAUGUGAGCUUUGGGAGGAGCCAUCGCGCGGCCAUGCCUCGCUACUCUUCGAAGACAUGGCGGUGAAGGGAGUUCCAGACUUCGAGUGCUUCAUCAUGUCUGGGCGAUGUGAGACUCUGAAAGCGCACAAGCAGCAGCUGGAGGACAGCAUGUCGACCCUGCUCGGGCACAUCAAGGAUCACUGCAUGGAGGGCCCAAGCUACGACAAGUACGACAAGUGCUCCAAGGCAUACGCAGAAAGCCUGCUCGAAGCCAACAACAGAUUCUGCACGGCGAUUCAGCAAAGUUGCCCCGAUUCGUCUGGCAUGCAGUGUGAUUAG